AUGCACCAUUCAUCUACGAAAAGCCUGCUGUUCCUCAUGUCUACCUUGUGCAUUUGCUCCAGCCAUCCCGCAGUUUCCCGACUACGUUUCUCUACGUUCCUGGAUCCCAAACACCAGAAUUACCUCCGAUGGGACUAUGAUGAUGAACUUGCUAUUAUGACUUUUGAGUUUCAAGCCCAGUCAACUGGAUGGGUGGCUUUUGGCUUCACCAUUAAUAAGCAGAUUCUUGGAGCAGACUUCGUGCUUGGCGGUGUUCUUCCUGAUGGCAACAUCUAUUUCUCAGAUUGGCAUGGUGUGAAUGAGAAUACCAUCUUGGAGGAUGAAAGUCAAGACUAUGAGCUGCUAUCAUUGACCCAGGAUGCAACGUCCACCACCCUGGCAUUCAGCCGACCGUUCCGGACAUGCGAUGAACAUGACCUGGACAUCACAGGUGACACACUACGUCUCAUGGCUGCAUUCGGCACAAAUGACACAAUUGAUUUCUUCAAAGGAAAAAUAAUCCACAAAUCUCUCUUCUUGAUGCUAGUGGGAACUAAAGAUGAACUGAAAAAUCCCAGUACCUAUCAUGUGUACGAUCUGAAAUUAACUGAUUUUCCUAUCCCAGCGGAGGAGACCACCUACGCCUGUACCUUUCUCCCUUUACCCAUUGUCAAGACAAAACAUCAUAUUUAUAAGUUUUAUCCCAUUAUAACACCUCGGAAUAUAACCGCAGUGCACCACAUAUUAGUCUAUGCCUGUGGCAAUGGAAGCGUGCUUCCGAGUGGAGUCAGUGACUGCUAUGGAGCUGAUCCUGAUUUUUCUCUGUGCUCUCAGAUAGUUGCUGGCUGGGCUGUAGGAGGAGGGUCCUACACGUUCCCAGAUGAAGCUGGAUACUCUCUAGGGACGCCAAUUGAUCCUCAAUGGGUCCGAUUAGAAAUUCAUUUCAGCAAUUUUGAUUUAAUUCCAGGCUUAAUUGAUAAUUCAGGCCUGAGACUCUUCUACACUUCGGAGCUUCGUCCAUAUGACAUGGGGGUGCUACACACAGGAAUUUUAACAUUUCCCAUCCAUUUCAUCCCCCCUCAAGCAGAUUCUUUCAUGUCUUAUGGCUUCUGCAAUACCAGUCGUUUUCAUGAGAUCAAUGGGAGUCCAGUGCCAGAUAUGCAUGUCUUCGGUUAUUUACUCCAUACCCAUCUAGCUGGAAGGGGACUGCGAGGUGUCCAAUACCGGAAUGGAAAACAAUUGAGGAUGCUCUGUGAAGACAAUAAAUAUGAUUUCAAUCUUCAGGAGACAAGAGACUUGAAGAAGACUAUUAUUUUCAAACCAGGAGAUGAAUUCCUGGUGGAGUGCCACUAUCAAACUACAGAUCGGACAGAUACAGUCUUUGGAGGCCCAAGUACCCUGAAUGAAAUGUGCCUACUAUUCCUCUUCUACUAUCCUCGCAACAACAUCUCCAGCUGCCUAGGACUCCCAGACAUUCAAUAUGUUGCCAAUCAGCUUGGACAGGAGGCAAAUGAUCCAACAGAAGGAAUGAUGGCCAUCAGUUCUGUACAAUGGGACAAUGAAACUAUCAAGAAAGCAGAGAAAGCAUGCAAAGAAGCACCUCAGAUUGUUAACAUAAAAAACAUUGAUGAGGUGAUGGUAAACGAAACUGGUUUCAUUCGUGAUAUUGAAGUUCCUGAACCAGGACCCUGCAAGUUGAGUCCAAGAGAUGUAAUUACGACACCUCAACCACCUUACUUGCACACCAAGUACAAAGCAAUUCCAGAUGUGGUUUCCAAAACUGUUAGCACCUCUUAG